AUGGGUGAAGUUCAGAGGAUGGGAAUUCCAACAAAUGCUUCCAACUUAUCAAGGAAUGUGCUUUUACAGCUUUUUGAAAGAGAACGUGAACAUGUAGAGAAAGAAAAAGCUGUCCAGUUGCAGCAGAAGUUGGAGCUUCCCACAGCAGAGGAUGCUGUACUGCUGGCUGUACAAAAAGGACGGCUUCAUGAGGCAGCACAAGAGAAAGAAAGCAAGCUGGAAGAGCAGCAAUUGAAAGAGCUGGGAAGCCUGUCUUUAGCAAAUGAGGAAACUGCAAGUCUAAAGGUGGAACCAGAGCAGCCAAAAAAUGAGAAUGGACUUUGUGAAGAUCAAAGAAAAUGCAAGGAAGAACAAGACAUGAAAGUGAAGGAAGAGGUCUCCACCAAAAAUGUACUGAAUGUAACUGUAGAGGUGCAUCACUUGCCGGUAUUGGAGUCUUCCACUAUGACUCCCAAUGGCUAUUCCAAAAUCAAGUUGUCUCAAGUCAAUCUGGAAACUUAUGGGAUGGAUUUACAAAGUGAUGAUUCAACAGAUGAUGAGGGAGCACCACGUAAACCCAUCCCUACUUGGGCUAAUGGUAACCAAUUGCAGCAAGCGCUCAUAAAGCAGUAUUAUCACCCACUUGAUGCAGACAAAUUCUUCGGUAUCAUUCAACCCCCAAACCUUGAGAACAUCUUCGGCAAAAGCAAGCCACGUUACCUGAAACGCACGAGUUCUGCAGUGUGGCAUUCGCCACCAGUAUCAAACAGUGUUAGGAAUGUACCCUAUGGUGUUUUGAAACACUGAAAAUAAUCCUUUCAUUUCAAAUGACAUUGUAAAUGUUGUAAUGAGUAAAAUGAUCCCUCCUGAUAUCCUUUUUAUCUAUAUUCUAUCUUUAAUGGCUGAUUUUUUUUUUAAACUUUUUUCUGUUUUGCAGGCAAGCAACUCACUCAGCUGGUUCUCACAAAUUGUUUUUGAUCAUUGAUGUUCUGAAGCUCUUGCAUUUUAAUACAUUAGGGUUUUCUUGCAGCUAAUUUUCAUUAAAAUUUUAUUCGGUA